AUGACUGGCUUCUUGGAAUCAUUCAGGUUCGGUCGCAAAAGGCCGAAUUUGGGCCACGGUGAGCAGGCGCCUACCUCCCAACGUGGCGAAGACGAUUCUUUCGAUCAAUCUGCGUACGAGGCAUUUACCGACUCUACACCUUUUACAGAAGAGCCUUUCCUUAUUUCUGAGAUGAACAACCUUCCAUCCAUAUUUCCUGACAGCAAUGGUGAGCCCGGGGAUGUCUGGGUCGAUGAAAGCCGCGAGAUUCCGGAAACACAGAAGGGAACUACGGCAUGGACUAGAAAUACAGGAGCUUCGAACUUUACAAUUCAAGACGAUUAUGUUACCUUCACUCGGGACCCACGAAGGUGUUCGCAAGCGACACAAGACCGUGCGAAUGCCCUGAGAAUCAAAGCGGAUUUAUUCUACCGGGGUGCAGUCAGGCAUGGAAGAGAAAGACACGAGAGGUUUCUUGCACUUCGGAAAGAGUUAGAAAGUGAAUCACUAUCGGAGGAGAGAAAAAGCAGAAAGCGAAGUCAAUUAGGCAAUCAAGAGAAUCAAUUCUUGCGCCUGCGAAGGACAAAUCUCCGGCCAGAGCACUUUACGAUAUUGAAGGUAAUUGGACGUGGUGCCUAUGGCCAGGUCUGUAUGGUACAAAAGCGAGACACUGGAAAGAUUUACGCCAUGAAAACGAUACCAAAAUACAGAAUGAAAAACGCGGAUCUUGCGCAUGCCAAGGCCGAGAGGGAUGUUAUGGCGGAUGCAAAAUCACCAUGGCUAGUUGGAUUAUGCUUUUCGUUUCAGGACGCAAGUAAGCUUUACUUAAUUAUGGAGUUUCUACAAGGAGGUGAUAUGAUGACUUUACUCAUGAAAUACGAUACAUUCACGGAGGAUAUUACAAGAUUCUACAUGGCUGAGCUUGUAUCUGCUAUCGAAGCUGUUCAUAAUAUGGGAUAUAUCCACAGGGACAUUAAGCCCGAUAAUGUUCUUCUUGAUUCGAACGGCCAUAUUAAGCUUUCUGACUUUGGUCUCGCAACUGGAUUUCGAAAAGGACAUAGUGCACAGUACUACAGCACCACUCUCGCGGGACGAGGCUCCUUACAAAACACUAACGGUACAAGCGGACGGACAAGAAAUUCUCUGAUAGUGGAUAAGAUUCAUCUUGAGCUUUCUGAUAGGAAGUCGCUAAACACUUGGCGGCAAUCGCAACGGCUUAGGGCUCACUCAACUGUUGGGACACCAGACUAUAUCGCGCCCGAAGUGUUGAACCAGAGUGGCUAUGGUAAAGAAUGUGAUUGGUGGAGUCUUGGAGCAAUAAUGUAUGAAUGCUUAAUCGGAUGGCCGCCAUUUUGGUCAAAUAUAGAGGGAGAGACCGCAGUCAAAAUCCAGAAUUGGCAGAACACCUUCUCCUUCCCCGAGAAUGUUGAUCUAUCAGAAGAGGCCAAGAGUCUGGUUCUAUCUUUACUUACGUCUGCUGAAUAUAGGCUGGGGUCCCUUGGGGCCCAGGAAAUUAAGGCACAUCCGUUCUUUAAUGGAAUAGACUGGGAAAAGCUUAAGACUUUUGAUGCUCCUUUUAGGCCGCAACUAGCGUCAAUCACUGAUACCUCGUGUUUCCCUGAUGAGGAUGAGAUUAUAUCUCAGGAAUAUAUCGGUCACUAUGGGGAUUCGCCGAGAGCUCUGCUAGCAGCUAGGCAAGGCAGGGAGCAAGACACACCAUUUAUGGGAUACACUUAUCAUAAAUUCGGCGAUGUUGUCAUUCCCGAUGCUUAA